CAAGCGCCCCUAUCUUCGCCGCCGACCCCGACGCCCUCGACGUCGUACGCGCCUGGCACGGCGCUACCAGAGGGCAGAGACGGAGCCCCCCCGCCGUCGUUAGCCUCGAGUGACCCGCCACGGUCACCCCUUGGCCUUGUUCCGCCACUCUCCCCUGCGUCUAAUAAUACCUUGAGUGUGCUUUCUCCGCUACGGAAAGGCGAAAAUGUAUAUUUGCCAACUCCCCCACCUCCGCCACUUGAGUCACGGGCAGGGUCCUCCGAUUCCGGUUCGGUGAUCUCAAAUGCUAGCUCCCACUCCUCCAUGGACGUUAAUGUUCCAACUUCGUAUUUUUCCCACUCCUCUGGCUCCACAGAUUCCCAGCCCACAUCAUCUCCUUCUGCGUUCGUCUUUCCAUCCUCACGCUCCAGAGCCCACCCAGCCUCGCCCCCUCCAAAGUUCAAACUCAAGUCAAAAAAGAACAAAGGGAAACAGGUAGAAACCCAGGUCUAUCCGGUUGCGUCGAGUCCACCCGGCCGCCAGUCGCCUGAGCCAUCUCCGUCAGUCGUUAGUUCUUCGGGCUCUUCGUCCAAUCCCUCGUCUCUCCGCUCGCACAAUUCUACGGAAGUUGGAUCACCCAGCUUUGUCUUCCCCUCAUCCAGAUCCAGAGCACACCCGAACUCGCCUCCUCCAAAGCUGAAACUUCCUCUAAAAAAGAAAUCCAAGUCUUCUACUGGCAGCGACCGGCAGAGUGAUCCACAUCGUCGUUUCAUGGGUAUACCCAUAAACAGGAAAAAGAAAGCUAGUCAAGACCAAUCUGCUGACACAGGUUCAGACUUAUCGGCCUCGGAUCCUUCUUCGCGACCAUCUUCAAGCGAUACCGCUUCUUUCAUAGGAUCUACGAGUUUCAGCAUAGAACCACGAUGGGCAUCUACGUCAUCACCGUCUAAGCGCGACUCGUAUCCUCUCGAUCCGUACGACUCGAUACUGUUAGAACAGGACCGUCUAGGUACCGAGCUAUUAAAGCGUCUAAACAGCGUCGAUGGCCCUUCCUUUCACCAUUAUGGAAAUAAUCCCCCUGCUACUGUGCUUGACUUGGGCUGCGGCGAAGGUCGUUGGAUACUCGAUGCAGCUGUAGCUUGGAAAGGCUACGGGACAAAAGUCACAGGCUUCGAUAUGGUUGAUAUCACGAAAUCGCUUCGCACUGCAGCUGCUCGGAACGGAGUAUCUGAGAAUAUCUCUUUUGUGAAAGGCAACUUUGUGAAGAGCGAGCUCCCGUUUCCGAGUGAUUCGUUUGAUCUCGUGCGAAUGUCCAAUCUGACAUAUGCGAUAUCCUUUGAGAAAUGGGAAUUCGUUCUCCGAGAAGCCUGUCGUGUGUUGACCGUCGGUGGGAGACUAGAACUGAUUGAUGACCACGUCUUUUUUCCAUACGGCAAGUCAGCCCUGCCAACGGUACCACCCACCGAGCCCAGCGACGCCGAUUCAUUAGCACGAUAUUCUCAGCUGCAUCCUGACAGUGAUCGUGUCGAUCCCAUAACUGAGGGGGAUGACUACGACAUAGAAGAAGAGGAGGAAGAAGAGGAGGAGGCCUCUGAUACUGCAACGCUGAAUUGCAAAGGACGCAACCCAACAAGCACCGCGAGCGGACUGACCCGGCAUUCCGUCUCCUCCUCUCUUGUUCCUGUGGAGUUCCAAGCUGAUCCAUGGACAGAGCAAGCAUCUGCUGCACGAGAACUGGAGACCCUCUUUGAGCAUCUACACAACGAGAAAUAUGGCAUCCACCUUUGUCCAAGCCAAUUCAUCGUGGAGAUGCUGCAGGAGAUAUUUGGGCACUCGAGAGAAGUACGAACGAUGCAUUUGACGCUGGCUCCGGCGAAUCCCGUGCUCGAGAAGGGUCAACCGCCUGAGGAAAUCCACCAGCUAACACAUGCACCGGGGCUCAUGCUGUGGCCCUCCACGCUCAUUCCGUUGCCUCGGACAGAGAUUGAAGUCCAUGCAUUGAAACAUCCAAGGGUCCUUUUGUCACUUAAAGCGGCCCUGACGAGCUAUGCGGUCGAGAUUGCUGAGGAAGAUGAAGUUGAUGAAGAAGCGGUGAAAGAAUCUUUGUGGGAUUAUGAAGGGUUUUUGCACGAGCGGUUCAACCCUCCGCAGUACACCCAUGCACAUCCUCAGGUUGCAUCCUAUGCUCGACAGGAUUCGGACAAUAGAAGCACGCGAGCCUCUAUAUUUUCCAUUGGUUCUGUUUCAUCUGAAGGCCGAUCUGCGAUGCGGGAGUAUCAAUCUGAACUCCGUGAUCACCUCGCGUGGUCCCUCGAAGAUAUAAGGGUAUCGCCUCCACCACGCCUACACAUGCCGCACUCUCACGAUGAUGGCCACUCCCGAACAGCUGCGCCGAGUAUCUUGACAUUACCAAGCUUUGCGACGUUCAACCCAACGGACACAGCAGCUCCUCCGGAUUAUUCUCGCCAUGAGCCCACCCACGUUCGGACAUUUCAUGUCUUUGAGGCUAUCAAAAUGGAUGAAACGCUCCUUGGGGCUGCAGUAUAACUGUUACUGUAUGUUUUGAUGUACACCGUUAGAUACGCGGGUGUAAUCUUUAUCCUUCCAUGCACAAUGAUAUCAUAGGAUUCAAGGAUACAUAUAUCGUACAUUGAUGAGUCUCAAACGCUAUUAC